CCUAAGACCGAAAUAAAAUGAUUGGUUCAAUGUGUUGGCAAUAAUAUUGAGGUAUAUGACUCCAGAUAGAGGGUGGAAACCGUACAUAUUUUAACCAAAUAAUUUAAGCACACAGUUAAAAACAAUUGUUUCAUGACAUGCGUCAGACCAAAAAGGACUCCCGAAAUUAGCUAACGUAAUUGAUGUGACGUGAGGUUUGAAUUGCCAUGGAGAUUCUUACGCGUUACAGCGAUACAUUCCAGUCAAAGUAGAAUGUUCAAUACUUCUAUGUUCGAUUUACAUUCACUUUGAUUUUACACUGCGAUCGUUACUACACGGUGAGUGCUGUACUCCACAAAAAAUUAUAAUUUACAUCAAUUAAUAUAGAUAUUUUGGUUAACCUCAAUUUUUAAACAUUUCAGCAUUCAGAAUACGAUUUAAAAUGAAGUAUUAACAUAGUUUUAACCAUGAACUGCCUCAUUAUGAUAACGUAUACGUUUUCUAUCUCUGCAUGUUAGCCUACAGACUGUAGUCUUUUUAUGUCACCUUGUUUCAAGGAAGAAAAAAAGUGUACGGUAUUGGUGUCAAGGUCAAAAUCAGCUAUUUUUGUAACCAAGGGUGCUUGUACCUUCUAGCUACCAUUUUUACAAAGCUAUGAAUCAUCAAACUGCAUUCAACACCAUCAUCAUUCAUCAUGACAAUAUUGUCAGUCAUGGACCAACCACUGGGAUAUUUCGGGACCCACCUCUGUCUUCAGAGAUGCAGGUUGAGACUGGUCAGUCUCCAGUGUCUCUUCACAGUGGUUUCUUGGAGACCAGUUAUCAAGACCUUCAGACUGGAUCUGAGGUUGACUUGGUUCAUCCAGGUUUGGUGGAAGCCAGGCCUCAUUCCUUUAAUGAAUCAGGCACUAGUAAGCCAGAAGUCAGCCUGGACCAGUCCAGGGAUCAAUUCAUUCAGGGAAUGACAAAGUCCAAAGACUCUUCCCCCACGGACACUGAAUCCAUUGUUGCCGUCCAAAACCUUAUGAAUGACGACUUUUCCAGCAACCACACUGGUUCCAUUAAGAGGCUUGCUGUAGUGCAGCAUUUCCUCACAACUUGUCAGCGGUUGAGGGACCUCUGUAAUGGAUGCUCAGGUUUCAGAGUGUCAUUCUUUGGCCGUCAACCUGAGUUGUCCUCUGCCAGGGUCGCAGUUUCCAGUGGUGUUCAAAGUUGUGGCAACAUCAAGGAUACAGGCACCUCAGGGUGUGCUGAUCUGACCACAGCCAUUGAUGCCAUGGAGACUGUAAUGGGAAGGAUGGUCCUGAAUUUAGAUGAUGCUGCCGCUAUAAGGAUGAAGAUGGAGCAACUUCUGUCCAGUGGAACUUUGAGGCCACUGACAGACAUGCUGGUGAAUCGCCUUCGACACAUCAUUCCAGAGUAUGACUGCCCUCAAGAGAAGUUUGUGUAUGCCAUAGUGGAGAGGUCUUUGAAGACUUUCCUUGGCCAACUGCUGGAUGGCGUUGUUGCAGAGUUAAAUGGUGCUCCUGAGGAGGGCACUCCCUCUUCAUCAACAUCCAUUUCUAAUACUGAGAUCCACAGUGGAGACUUAAGUCUUUUGACCACCGCGAUGACACAGUAUAUCAUGAACAAUGUGUCUGGCCGGCCAAGGGACUGCUCAGGCGACAUCCACCCACCAGGGACUUUUCAUCCAGGAUCAGUGGAACAAGUGAUCAAGAUUCUGUGGAGAACUGCAAAGUCACUGCCUGCACAGAGUGCCCUGAGGGAAAGGAUUACUUUUCCCUAG